CCGACGCUUCCGCCGCGGCAAGUGUCGCGGGGGGUGGUGGCGGUGUGGACGUUGUCCUGUCCUGCCCGGCCCGGCCCGGCCGGCGCGCUCUGCCCUGUUGAGUGUCGGCGGCCGUUCCGCGUCGCCCGGCAACUGGGCGUGUCGCCCCAGCGGCGGCGCAUGUGCUCCGGCGGGGGUGGCGGGCCGCGGGCGUGCGCGCCGGUGAGCACGGGGGAGCAUGGCCGCCCCCGGGUCGGAGAAGAGCAGCAAGAAAAAGACAGAGAAGAAGCUCGCCGCCCGCGAGGAGGCGAAGCUGCUGGCGAGCUUCAUGGGCGUGAUGAACUCCAUGCGCAAGCAGAAAACUCUGUGUGAUGUAAUUCUCAUGGUUCAAGAAAGAAAGAUCCCAGCUCACCGUGUUGUGCUUGCUUCAGCCAGUCAUUUUUUUAACUUGAUGUUCACUACAAAUAUGCUUGAAUCAAAGUCCUUUGAAGUGGAGCUAAAAGAUGCAGAACCUGACAUUAUUGAACAACUCGUGGAGUUUGCUUAUACUGCAAGAAUCUCAGUUAACAGCAAUAAUGUCCAGUCUUUACUAGAUGCAGCAAACCAGUAUCAAAUUGAACCUGUGAAAAAAAUGUGCGUGGACUUCUUAAAAGAACAAGUUGAUGCUUCCAAUUGUCUUGGUAUAAGUGUGUUAGCAGAGUGCCUGGACUGUCCAGAACUGAAAGCCACUGCAGAUGACUUUAUCCAUCAGCAUUUCACUGAAGUUUACAAGACAGAUGAGUUUCUUCAGCUUGAUGUUAAGCGUGUGACACAUCUCCUGAACCAGGAUACAUUGACAGUGAGGGCAGAAGACCAGGUUUAUGAUGCAGCAGUCAGAUGGCUGAAGUACGAUGAGCCAAAUCGCCAGCCGUACAUGGUUGAUAUUCUUGCUAAAGUCCGAUUUCCUCUUAUAUCAAAGAACUUCUUAAGUAAAACAGUUCAGGCUGAACCUCUUAUUCAGGAUAACCCAGAAUGCCUUAAAAUGGUGAUCAGUGGGAUGCGAUACCACCUCCUUUCCCCAGAAGACAGAGAAGAGCUGGUGGAAGGUACGCGGCCGAGAAGGAAAAAACAUGAUUAUCGCAUUGCUUUGUUUGGAGGCUCACAGCCCCAGUCCUGCAGAUAUUUUAAUCCCAAGGAUUACAGCUGGACAGACAUCCGAUGUCCCUUUGAAAAGCGCAGGGAUGCAGCUUGUGUCUUCUGGGACAACGUAGUUUAUAUUUUGGGUGGUUCCCAGCUCUUCCCUAUAAAGCGAAUGGACUGCUACAAUGUGGUGAAGGAUAGCUGGUAUUCCAAGCUAGGACCUCCAACACCUCGAGAUAGCCUUGCAGCCUGUGCUGCUGAGGGCAAAAUUUAUACAUCUGGUGGUUCAGAAGUGGGAAAUUCUGCACUGUAUUUAUUUGAAUGCUAUGACACAAGAACAGAGAGCUGGCACACAAAGCCCAGCAUGCUGACUCAGCGAUGCAGCCACGGCAUGGUGGAGGCGAAUGGUCUCAUUUAUGUGUGCGGAGGAAGCCUGGGAAACAAUGUGUCUGGGAGAGUCCUAAAUUCUUGUGAAGUUUAUGAUCCAGCCACUGAAACGUGGACUGAGCUGUGUCCAAUGAUUGAAGCCAGGAAGAAUCAUGGGUUGGUGUUUGUAAAGGACAAAAUAUUUGCAGUGGGUGGACAAAAUGGCUUAGGUGGCCUUGAUAAUGUAGAAUAUUAUGAUAUCAAGAUGAAUGAAUGGAAGAUGGUGUCUCCAAUGCCAUGGAAAGGUGUAACAGUGAAGUGUGCUGCUGUGGGAUCUAUAGUCUAUGUUCUGGCUGGUUUUCAGGGUGUUGGUCGAUUAGGGCACAUUCUUGAAUAUAAUACUGAAACAGACAAGUGGAUAGCCAACUCCAAAGUCCGUGCUUUCCCAGUGACAAGUUGUUUAAUCUGUGUUGUAGACACUUGUGGGGCAAAUGAAGAAACUUUAGAGACCUGAAGACCUGUAGGAGAUGCUGGGACAUUUCUUCAAGGACUGGGGGAAAGAUGGCUAUUGGUGCUUUGCUUCCAUGUUUUACUGAAUCUUGUUAAACUGAGUAAUAGAAAAACUGAGAUGCAGUCUUUCAAUUUGUACAUACAGCAUAUUGUAUAACAUGGAUUUUGUCAUACCCAUUUUCUUGUCUGUUUUAAGAGAUGGGGGGUGUGUUUUGAGCAUCCACUUACCUAGCUGAGAACAUAUGGCAUCUUCCUUUAAAAGGAUUCUGUGUGUGGUCUUGUCAAAAAUAGACCUAAUCUAAUUAUUUAGAAGAAAUCAAAGCAUUUGAUGAAGAUAAGAUUUCUGGUUAAAUAAAACUUUACUGAGCUCAGUUGCACUUAAUAAAGGUGAGUAAAUGCAGCUUGGGUCAUGAGAAAUACGAAUGAAUUAUUCUCAUUUAUACCUACCUGCAGAGGCCUUAGUAAGAUGCAGUGAAGAUUCUUUCCUCAGGACUGAACAAGGACAGCAGUAUAAUACAGAUUCCCAUGAUGAAUGGGAAUAGGUUAUGCAGCUCUCUAGAUGAUGAUAUAGCUAUCCUCUUCCAGUGACUAUCUUUCAUCAUUUUCAUGACUGCAUAUUAAUUUUUGAAGUCAGACAGGCCAUAUAUAGAGACACUUUGCUAGUGACAUCUUUGGUAUUUUAGAGGGCCUUCACAGGAAAAACUUUCACUUUUCUUGUUAUGCUGAGGUAGGGAAAUGGUGGAGCCAGUUUACUAUAAUUGUGCACUAUAAUUAGCAAGAAACUCUGGAUUAAUUUUUGAUUAAUUUUAAUUGUAUUUGUCCAGGCAUCAGACUGUACAUGCUGUGGAUGCCAAGCAAAGAUGAGAAUAAGAAUGGGAAAGCCAAGUCAAUACAACAAAUGUAUUGAUUUUCCUCUUGAAAAUGACUUUUUUUUUUUUAAAUGGCAUGAACCAAGUCAUUAAAGAUACCUUAUAGAAGUCUUCUAAAGUUGCUCAUGGUUAUUUCUCUAUUUAUAAGCAUAUGAUUCUGUAAAUGUUUCCAGACAACAUGACAGUAAAUUUCUUUCAGCACAGAAGUUCAGUACGUCAAGUUAACAAUACUGUGCACAUUUUCCAACUUCUGGAAAACUAUACCAUGUAGGUACAUCUCUCCUGUUCCAUGCUAGUCUGUUAAUAAUCUUCACACUAAUUCUGUCACCAUUCUUCUAACUUGCUAAUUUUUUCAGAUCGGUUCCUAUGAGACUAUCGAGUAAACUUAAAAAGCUGGUCCUUGCGUAUCGCUGCUGGUGUGGAUUUAGUCUGCUUUGCCUGCCUGAAGAUCCUGCACAUUCUCUGUAGUAUAAAUUCCGGUUCUCAAAGAAGUCAGUGCUUCUUUGCAGACUUCCUCCUGGCUUUCCUACUCAUCCUAACAGCUCUGCAUGUACAGAAAAUAGUAUAUGCACUGAUAGGUUUAAUAGUGGUUCCUGCAACUCUUUUUUAUUCAGUAGUAAAUGAAUGCUAUAAAACUUUUUUUUCUUUUCCGUCUUGCCUUUCCCUUCUUCUGAGCCAUGAAACUUGUCACUGAUGUCUCUAAAACACUGUAAAAACUGGAGCAAACUGCAGUUUUGGGGUUGUACAUGCUGUUCGGUGGGGUUGUGUUGUAUCUACUUUUAAAAUCUUGAAGCAUCUUUUUCUAACUUGAUUUUCAAGGGGUGAAUCAUUCUUUUUUAAGCUGCUAAUAAAACAAGCGUGAAGCAGGAAAGGCCUGGUGCCAAGCGGCCUGUCAGGGACCACGGGCGGGGCCGCCAUCUUGCGAGAGAGGCAGUGCUGGGGCCGGGGUUUCGCUUCCUCGACUUCUCCCUUGGCCUGUGCUACGGGGCGCGGCUCAGACGCGCUGUCUGGAGCCCGUCCCGGCUGUGAGGCGGCCAGGAUCAGCACAGCUCAGCCGCAGGCCCCGCCACACUGCGGGAGCUCGGGCUGAGGACGAACACUUCGGGCU